CUACUUAGUUUGAUGUAACCGGAAUGUGAAAUUUCCAGUGUGCUAAAAAUAGAAGAUGGAAAUACCGAUUUUGUAUUGAGAAGUGUGUUUUUCAAUGUGAAUUUACAUAUUUCACGAUGGUGCAACAUUUAUAGGGCUACGCGCUAUUAGAAUAGGUUUAUGAUUGAGACUAUGGCUGUAGAACUGACAACAAAGGACAAACUGGAGAAGUUCAAGUUUUCACAUGAGAUACAGACAGACACGUUAGGAAACAAUGAUGAUGGAUCUGUACCCGCCCUAACGUCUGGUGAAUUUCACCAGAGACUGAUCAACAUCAACGAUGAGAUGGGGAGUGAUGACAUUGAGGCGCUGAAGUUCCUGUGUCGAGACUAUCUGCCAGCUUCCAAGUUGGACAAAGUGGAAUCUGCCCUGGAAAUAUUUGAGUACAUGAAGAAAGCUGGGAUGAUUGAUUUGAACAAUGUGGACUUUCUACUGGAGAGCUUCGCCCGUAUACACAGAUAUGAUCUCAUUAAUAAGCUCGGCUUCUCAAGUGAUGAUGUGCGUAAAGUGAUACCAACUUUCAAACAGGUUCCAGACUUCAGGGUCAUGCUAAUGGACUUAGCAGAUGAUGUCGACAAGACGGAAAUAGAAAAGGUCCGAUUCCUUUUGAAAAGCUCCAUAAAAAAGAAAAUGCUGAACGAGCAACAGAGCAUUCUUCAGCUGUUUGUGUUGAUGGAGCAAGAGGGGCUUCUUGGUCCGACCAAACUCUCACUUCUACAGACAGUGUUUACGAGCUUGAAGAGACCUGAGCUUGAGAAUAGAAUACGGGAAUAUGAAGGGGCUCCUCCCAGUCAAGUACAACCCCCGGGCAUGCCCCCCAGUCCAUCCGGGCAGUCAGAGUCCCGGGAAAAUAUCCAGCCCCUGAGAGACUUUCAGCGUGAGAUGAGGCAGGGGGACCCCCUGAGAGCACCAAUCAAUAUGCAGCAAAGCAAUAAUCAAUAUACACCUCAAAGACCCGGCCUGGCUAAUAUGGCACCACCUGAACACCCCAACCAUAGUUUUGACCGCUCUCAGAGUGCUGGAACAAUCACAGUGAGCUCGUCUGCUGGAGAUCUGGCAAUGGGCCAGGAGAACCCUAGAGACAUUCCUGAGGCCCUGUUCCUGCAGAUAGUGGAGGAUGUCAAGGACAGAUUUGAGGAACUUCUCACAGAACUCGGGUGCGCCAGAGAGUUCUUCCACUAUACUCAGACAUAUCCAUCACCACAGAAACGAAUGCAGGAAUUUCUGCAAAAUUGGAAAGAAGAUAAAAGGGUCGGGGAGGUUGUAUCCACACUGGGGUAUGCCCUACAGAGGUUGGGGUGCAAGCAGGAUGCCAUGGCGCUGAGAGAUUGGGCUGAAAGUGUGCAGCUACAAUGGCAGGCAUCCACUGCAUCUGCCGUGCCAGCCAGUCCUGAUCUCACAGAUUUGUUGCGUGAUCAGAAGUACAUGUACAACCCAGUUGGACCACCAGAGUUGAAUGAGUUUGUAAGCUUACGUGAAGCCAAGCCAGAAAUCGGUACAAGUGAAAGUCAGACUCGGCAUGGAGGGGUGGCCCCUCCAGUCUUACCACCAGUUACAGGCAACAUCCCGGUGAUCAACGCAAGUCAGAUGCCUCCACGUGUGCAGGAGCAGAUAAGAAAUAGUGGAGUUCUACAGUCCAGACGGGAGCCGAAUCAAACUGCAGAAGGAAUCCGCGAAAUGGGUCACAUACCCGGCCCCCAACAACAAGUUGCCAUGGCAACAAACCCAGAUCAAGGUCAGAGGUCAGCUCAGGUCGCCACUCGUGGUGAUGGCACGACACGGUUGUUGCAGCAGUUUGCAGCCACCAAUCUCAAUGUUAAAAACCCUUCGGGUGAACUGGAUGCCUAUAAAAUGGAUAGCAAUCCUAGAGGGUGGUGCGUCAUAAUCAACAAUCAAGACUUCUACACUGAUCCGUCGGACCGUGACGCCCAAGCAAUGCCGCCACGCAUGGGGACGUUAAAAGAUGCAGAAAAUCUUACGUACACAUUUAAAAAACUUGGCUUCGUUGUCCAGCGCUAUGACAACCUCACCGCUGACGAGAUGAUGCGUACACUAGUUGAUGCAUCCCACAAUGUCGACCAUUCCAAGUUUGACUGUUUUGUGUGCUGUAUUCUGACACACGGUGUGCUUAACCACCUGUACGGGGCUAACAGCCGCCUCAUUUCCCUCAAGGAACUGACAUCCUGCUUUCAGACCAACAGAUGCCCGACACUGGCUGGGAAGCCCAAGUUAUUCUUUCUUCAGGCCUGUCAGGGCCGCGACAAGAUGGAGGCCGGAGAGGUCCCGGAACGAGACGCACCAGAGCCUUUUAAUGACGUAGAGGUUGACACACUACCAAGGGAGAUGCUGCCAAACGAAGCAGACUUCUUGCUAGGCUAUGCAACGGUUCCCGGUUACGUUUCCUUCCGCAGUAGGAACCAGGGCUCGUGGUAUAUCCGUAAGCUGUGUGAAUAUCUUGGGAAGUACGCUAACAAGCAUCAUCUCCUUGACAUUCUGACAGAGGUCAACAGGGAGGUUGCCAAGGCCGACGCCAAUCUCGAUGGCGGCAGAUACAAACAGGUGCCAGCACCUACGUAUACGCUGCGGAAAAGACUCUAUCUUAGACCUAUCCAAUAGAACCAUGGUGUUUCAUGGAAGACUCUUUUUGCUGCCUGUACAUUUCCGUUUGGCAGAUCUUUCAUGAUAAACGUAUGUGAUAAUUUUGAUUUGUGCUACAGGCAACCACUGAUGUGAAUCACAUCUGCAAUUGGAUUAUAUAUUUGUAUCAUGCAUGUCUUACUUAAACUGAAUCUUUUAUUUAUGGACAGUUAAACUGUGAAAGCGUGAUGGGAGAUACCCAUUUGACUUCACAUAGAAUUAAAUGUGAACUUAGCAUCUUUUAUUUGUGGACAUUGAAACAGAGACUGAGUGAGUAGACAUACUGUAUGACCACACAUGCAUUAAAAUGUGAUCUUAGCACAGACAUCUACUUUUUUAUAAUUCCCUGUUGUUGUUGUUUAUAUUGAAACAUGGGAUAAUCAAAUGGUCAAAGUUUGUAUAUGACGAUGACAAUGCCCCCUUCUAAAUGUAUACAAUCAUUUAAUCAACAAAGUUUUUGUUAUGUUUGUUACACUUUUGUGUACAAGACUUUGAUUGACUUCAACUCAAGUGAGUAUAAAUAAUGGAAAGAACAAUGCCACACUAGUUACCACUAGGAAGUUUUAUAUAAAAGUGGGGCAUCAGAAACCUGGUACUAAGUUUACAUUAAUGGGAGCUUUUGUAUAUUUCACAAUACAGAUGGUGGUAGAUAUAGUCUGUUUCAUAAUAUAACACAGUUAAGUAUAAUCAUAAAAUCAUACAAUAAAUAGAAAGCAACAUUA